AUGAUAAAGAGGAGGAAUGAGACAGCAGUCCAGGAGUUCAUUCUGGAGGGGUUUCCUGCUGUCCAGCACCUGGGAAACGUCCUGUUCCUGGUGCACCUGCUGGCAUACCUGGCCUCCCUCACUGGAAACACCCUCAUCAUCUCCAUCACCUGGGCUGACCAUCGCCUCCAUACACCAAUGUACAUUUUACUCAGCAGUUUCUCCUUCUGUGAAUGUGGUUUUAUCACCACUGUUAUUCCUAAAUUGCUGGUCAUCUUUCUUUUAGGAAGGCAAGGAAUUCCCUUUACUGCUUGUCUCACACAAGCCUUUUCUUUCUUAUUUCUGGGGGCAACACUUUUUUUCCUCAUGGCUGCCAUGUCCUUGGAUCGAUACCUGGCCAUUUGCAAGCCUCUACACUACCCGACCAUCAUGAAUCUGAGGGUUUGUUUCUUUCUGGUUUCCUUCUGCUAUGCUUUGUCCUUCCUCAUCAUCACUGGCCUGGUCAUCGAGGUUUCCCAGCUGCCCUUCUGUGGCCCCAAUGUUAUCCCUCAUUUCUUCUGUGAUCUUGGCUCCUUAAUACAUCUCUCCUGUUCUGAAACCAGAUCUAUUGAAAUGUUGGCUUUCAGCCUCAUUUCCUUUAUCCUUUUUUCAUCCUUCCUUAUAACCUUAAUUGCAUAUAGCAACAUAGUAGUCACCAUCAUGAGGCUCCCAUCAGCCAAGGAGCGGCAGAAAGCUUUCUCCACCUGCUCCUCCCACCUCCUUGUCCUCUCUCUGAUGUAUGGCAGCUGUGUCUUCAUAUAAGUGAAACCAAACCAAACAGACAGACUGGACUCCAACAGAGAGGCUGCCCUUGUGAACACGGUGGUGACUCCACUGCUGAACCCAGUCAUCUAUACUCUGCGCAACAAGCAGGUUCACCAGGCUCUGAGGGAUGCUGUGUCUAGACUGAAACUGCAGAAAUAG